AAUUACGGACAGUCGGCAGCACCGUUUCCACGUUCCUUUGUGAGGUCCCAAUGGUGGACCUGCCAGGGUCCACCGGUCCUUGCGUUCCGUUCGUCCUUGUUGUGUUCCAGCCCCUUCUUAUGUUGCUCCGCUUCCCCUCCUCGGUUUCCUUGGCUCCCUUGUCGUGAGGAGAGCGCACCAAGUGGUGCCGAGCCGCUGUCGCACCGUCGCUGUUCCUGUCAUUGUGCUUCCCAAACACUAGAGGAGCUCCCGGAAGCCAUCGGUCCUGCCGGAAGCACGCCGAGCGGCGGCUCGGACCCAGAGCACUGGAGCGACGACGAGGAGCUCCGCUCCGGGAGUCCGUCCGAUGCAGACGGAGCCGAGAAGGCCGGCGCCACGACUUUUUCACGCGCGGCGUCGUGCUCCGAAGAAGUGGAACGCGAGAGGGAGUCGGCGAGCGCCGGUGGCCUUAGCCUGAGCGCGACCCCUGAGGGAGAGGUGACCCUCAAAGGCAGGACUGGUCCGAGAUCGGCUUCCGACGAAGACUGGCUGCAAGCGCCGAGCUCCGCGGGGCCCCUCCAGGCUCACAGUCUCCCGGGGGCAUCCCUGGUGCGCAGCGCCGUCGUGGCCGACCUGUCGUCCCUCGGAGAGAGGGGUUCGGAACCCGACGGCGGCGGCGGCGCCGCGUUGUCCCCCGGCGAGGCGAAGAAGCGCGUGCUCUCCUUCGAUUACACGGAACUCCAGGCCCCGGGAAGCGGCCACCCGGACAAGAUGCCGCCGGGAGGCCGAAGCCCGGACUCUUGCCUCGCUGACCCAUGGUCCCCGACCUCCCUGUCGUCGGAGAUGGACAAGCAGUUGUCUCCAAGUGCCGGUGGACGUCUGACGGACGCCAGGUCCGAGGAAGGAGUGGCUCCACGCGGAGAAGCAGCCGGCGCCGCGGGGGAGGGGAGAGCCGCCGAGCCGGUGCCAGGAGACGAGUACAUGGAGACCUCGGAGGAACUUGGCGAUCGAACGGGCGGCCGCGGACCGGAAGCUGCACCGCGGGACGAUGGUGGCCCCGAGACUCCGAAGGAGACCGGGCAGAAAGCUGCCAAGGAUACGAAACGCGGUCAAAAAGAUGGCUCCCCAGGCAGAAAGUCAAACGUGCCGCUCUCUACGAGCAAAGCCAAAGCGAAGGCGGACGGCGAGAAGGAUCCCGCCGGCGGGAAUAAAAAGGCAGCAGAUGGGAAGACUCAAGGUGGCGCUAGACCUCACGCUGUUGGGAGCAGGAUCCCUGCCAAGACCCCACCUCAGUCAGAUUCGCCCAAGACCCCGGAGCGCAGCGGCUCCAGCACCCCCAAGUCCCCCGGGAGCCGCGCUCAAACACCCGGGCAGCCGCUCGGCGCGGCCGGCAAGGACGCGAAGAAGGUGGCUGUGGUGCGCACCCCGCCCAAGUCCCCCGGCUCCCUGAAGAACCGUUCGCCUGUGCCCCUGGCCCCCAUGCCUGACCUGAAGAACAUCAAGUCCAAAGUGGGCUCCACGGACAACAUCAAGCAUCAGCCCGGAGGAGGCCGGGUUCAGAUUGUUCAUAAAAAGAUGGACUUGAGCAACGUCCAGUCAAAAUGUGGCUCCAAGGACAACAUUCGCCACAAACCAGGUGGCGGCAACAUUGAGAUCAAAUCGGAGAAGCUGGAGUUCAAGGCCCAGUCCAAGAUCGGCUCUCUGGACAACAUCGGACACGUGGCCGGUGGUGGAAGCAAGAAGAUCGAGUCGCACAAGCUGAUGUUCCGCGAACAGGCCAAGGCGCGCACCGACCACGGGGCCGAGAUCGUCUACAAGUCGCCCACGGUGUCCACGGACGGGUCGCCACGGCGACUCAGCAACGUCUCCUCGUCGGGCAGCAUCAACAUGGCCGAGUCGCCCCAGCUGUCCACCCUCGCCGACCAGGUGUCGGCCUCCCUCGCCAAGCAGGGCUUGUGAUUUGCGCAGCCGGGCUUCCCCGAGCCUCCCCCCCGCCCCCCCCCCCGGUUCUCCCUCCUCCCCCCACCCAGAAAAUAAGAAGAAAAUAACAUACAGCAAAGUGAAGUAACGGUUAGAGAAAAACAGCCUGAAAACAUUUAGGACACCAACCCCCCCCCAACUAGUUGUGUGCAGGACAUGGUGACGAGGACAGUCCACCUUCGUCCUCCGAGUGCAUGCGUCCACUCCGCACGGCGUCUCUAACAUAGCGGGACAGUGCUGUUGACCGUGCCAACGCAGCCUGAGCCCAGGUCCCAUCUAAGAAGAAAACACAGUCACCGUUGGCCAAGAACCACCGGCCCGCUGUACACACACACGCACGCACACGCACGCACCCUCUCAAGGUUCUGACACACGGAAUGACUCCAGGCAGACGUGGUACACGAGUCCUGCUCCAGAGUACAACUCCAAGUGUCUGGUGCUCUGGUUACUGCAUUACCUUUGUUUACUGAAGCUAAAGUACCACGUUUCACUUUCUCUUUACACAUCUGCUUUGUACCAUGAUUAUACUGAAAUUGUCUGGAAUUGACUGGAAUUCCAGGCUCUUUUAUGGCGAUGCCAGUACUGAAUCUGCACCAUGUUUGUACCGUAAUUCUGUACUGUGCAGCAGAACUGCUAGGUUCAUCAGCGUGAAGCUGAAACGUCCCAAGAUCAAGAGAAAACCGGUUCAUGGAGUGUUACUACGGUAAUGAUGGACAUGCACAUCUUGCAGGCAGGUUUCAUUGAACCGCGGCACUGUUGCCAUGACAACCGUAAGCAAACCCCUUAGAGGUCAGACACAGGUUUCCCUUUUGGACAACCAUUGCACCUUCUCUAUACACUCAUUUCAUUUUCCCCUCAUGUUUCCACACACACACACACACACAAUGAUGGCCGUUACGCCUUCACACCUCGUUCCUGGGGCUUCGCGAAGACCCCCCCACAGAGUGCCGGCACACCUUCCUCUCGCUCCUCUUCGGCGGAGCUGCAGAGAUGUUCCGUUCCAGGGGUGGACCGUGUUUCUAUUAGACCGAUGGGUAAACGUUCCACUGACUCUGUGGUCACGACGGAAAGGUGUCUCCUCCUCCUGCGUCCGAGCGCCACGAUUCGUCUCUGGCACAGGGUCCCGCAGAGGGGAUCGCGACGGGCUGCAGCGAAGACGGGACCACAGUGUGACGUUACACACGACGCCGUGUGGACACCAAGUACACGCAUGACUCCAUGAGCAUGACCCACAAAAUGCCCUGCUCACUGGCCCUGCCCCCUCCCUGCAUGUACGGCUAGAAGACGGAAAACUAAAGCAAGAGCCCAAGCAAGUGGCCCAAGCAGCCCUUGUCCCCCCCCUCUCCCCCCCCACUCCUGUUCUCCUCUCGCUGAGGGUUCUGGAUGCUGCGCAUAUCAAGGAAGUCAAUAUUUUAUCCUGGGGGGACAUGAAACAGUGAGACGUACAAAUAGCAUAAACGUAAAAGACCAAGCUUGUGUUGCGCACCUUUUCUAAAUAGUAUUCCGUGGACGUGCGAUGUACCUGCUACCAACAUUUGGUUUUCGCCUCGUGCCGCUGGCCUAAUUUCCCUUUUUUCCUCCACGUAAAAACAUUCCUCACAAGACGCUGCCGAGUUGUUAUGUUGACACCGAGAGCGUUCGGGCGGACAGCGCGGUUCUUAGACGAGACGUUACUGAGACUGAGGACAAGUCAUAACCUGAGCUGAGCUCUAACGUAAGGAAGGGCAGCGAAAAGGGUCGCCGGGACUUUGGCGUACGUUUCGGCACGUGGCGGAGCGCGUCGCUCAAUCACGGUGUCGAGAACCAAGUCGAGUCGCGUCCCAAAGGCAAGCGGGCAGUAGGUAUGUGGAAGGGCCUCGGCGCGGUAAACGGUACGGUAAUGGUUCAAAUGCAAAAAGCCUCAGGGCUUCGCGAGUUGUUCUGCCGUCGCCCCGUCCGGCUCGCACCGCAGUCCUCUCUCCUACAGAGUCCGCUCGCACGUUGGGUGGACAACGCAAAGGCGAGCGGGCAGCAGGAGGACCGAAGCGUCGACAGCCCCCGAAACCACUACAGAAUUAUCCGGAACGCAGAUCGGGCCUACUGUCGGACACGGUAAAAGCAGCCUGUCGAUGACGGCUCUCUCUCCAUCGCGUGUAGCCUUUUAACGUCCUCCUACCGCUAAUAACACCAACACUCGAGUGACACAGAUGGACGUCUGCUCGGCUUCUCACGUCCUGCCUAAGAAUAGCGAUGGAAGCUUCUGGUCUUUGGGAGAAAGAAAGGAAAAGAACAAGGCAAAAUGGUGUGGGAAGAGUUUGUUCUGUGAGGUUUUGUGUGUUGUAAAUUAUUAUUUGCAGCUCUCGCCUCUUGUAUGAGAGCUUUGGAAAUAUUUCGGUCUAACUGACGCCUUUAAACUCUUUUCCCAGUCUCGUUUUUUUGCACUUCUACAUCUAGCUUGGCAAUUGUGAUUGUCCAUAUGGUUAUUGUGAGUUUUAUUACUAACUGGUUUACACUGAUACAUGUUGCUGGAAAUGUGAAUUUGGAAAUAAAAUCUGUAUUAAACAGCAA